UUCAGUCCUUUGUGAUUCGCAACAUACAUAACAAAAUAAACAAAACAAACUUUCAUCAGAGGCCGUCCGGCGAAAGUGCUCGCGAUCCCUCGCAAUAAGUUUUCGGUUCGUGUUCGAUGAUCCAACUUAAAGGAUGGGCGGAAGGUACAAGUAAGUGGAUUCAGGACAUUUCGGAGAAGCUUGUACGACUCGAUGUGGCUGCAACCGCGAAAUGAGGAACUCAACUAACUCCAAUUGCUGCUAAAAGACGACGGAGCAAACUCAAUCUUCGGGGUUCCUGAUGGUUCGCCAGUCCAGCAACUCCAGCGGCACCGGUAUUGGAAAAUGUGAUAGUGAAAAACGUCUACGGAGGCGUUUUUUUCAUUGGAAAAAUGUGGAAAAACUCUGCAGGUGAGCGGUGAUAUCACAUUUAAGAGGAAAAAAGCUGCGUUCCCUGAUAGCCAGCCACUGCAGAGAGGGUGGUAAACAUCUUGCGGUGCGACCAAUAUAUAUUUAGGAUGGAUGUCGUUCAAAAGCUAGCUUACUGUGGGCAGGAAUCAGGAGAUGCAGAUGCAGAUGCUUUUACUCCUAUCCUAUAUAAAAGCGUAUAUCAUCAUAGCUACAGCAUUGAAUACUGACAAACAAGAUAGUCCAUUAAUAUUCACCUUUGAGAAGCCAACAAGGUCUGGUCAUGCUAGAACCGUAGAAAGAUUGAUUGCUGGUCAUAUGUUCUCGAACUAUAAAGAUGUCAAAAGUACAGGAUUUGAUCUUAAAAAUAGUAAAAGGAGCCGGAUAACAAGCAGAGACAAACCCCUAAACAAUAACAGUAUCGAUAAUGAUGUGGUCCUGCUAACGGCAAGUGCUGGUGGCGGCGAUAAGAAGCAAGUUUCUUCCAAUAGUAGCAAAAAGGAUGAGAGCAAGAAGACAUUAUCUGAUCAAGUAGCUGAGGGCAAGUAUGGUUUGAUUCACACGGAACUGUUUCAAACUAAACCUGUAAGACCCGGGGUGUUGAGCUAUAAAUCGAACUCUGAAGUCCCGAAUGAUAACUCUAAAAACUAUGGCGGAUUGAAUGACAAAGAUAUAUGGAUAUCGGAAGCACAUCUUUUGGUGUUAAAAGGCGGCUCUGUGAAUGAAAACGAUAACAAGCCAGCGUGGAAAGCAAUUGACGAUUAUGAGGCUCCAACGAGACAGGUUAAAAUUCCACCCAAUCCGAAAGUCCCACCUCCAUUCCCAGUUCAGCUAACAGACAACGGACCGCUUCAAUUCAUUGGAAACAAUCAACUGUCGGUUUACAAUCCAUUUACUAAUCAAUCAGUAUUCCUAUUUUCGAGUGAUAGAAUUCCAGAUAUCCAAUCUGUUGAUUUAAAUCCGAAAAAUAAUUCUGGCAAUGGAUACCAGUACCCACCACCUGUUUCCUUACCAAUCAAUGCACCAAAUCAGACGUUUUCAAAUCCUUUUCUCAAUUUACCUCCACUUCCCCCUCUUGAACCAGGAUCAGGAUCUUUUGACGAACAAAACAAUACAGAUAUUGACAACGACGAUCCAUCACUUUUCUAUCCACCUCCUUACAGUUUCGAGUAUAAAAGUAACUAUACAAAUGUUGUGGCUCCCGGCCCUUUGGUACCGGGUAUUGUUCUUCCGCCUCCACCUAAUUUCUUUAGCCUAUUAGAACCAGAAACUAAACCUAUUAAAACUCCAUUAGAUGUCUUGUACAGAAUCAACGAUAUGAAGUUACGAGAAAGACUAAAAAUUAACACAACCACGAUUAGAACAAAUAACAAUAUUAUGAUGAAGAAUACCACGCAAGUCUCCACAAUUAAACCUUCCGUAAAACAGCCUCUCAAAAUCGAAACACCCAAUUAUUACAUCGAAAUUGAAAAGGCCCAGGUGCAAGGUUUAAGCCCGCCAAAACCGAACGAUACCACAAUAUUGAAAACAGUUAACGCCCCAGUAAAGAAACAGCCAACAGUUGUUUCCGCUAUUCAACCAACUAAAAAACCUCUUAAAAACAAAACGAAUGCUCCUCCAAGAACUCAGUUGCACAAAAUUAUUGAUACUACAGUUCCACCUCUCAUAACGUUUAAUCAACAAAACUUGAACCACGGAAAUCCUAUCUACUUUGAAUACUUUGAUGCACGAACACCAGUAGUGAAUUCUUACGAUAACAUUGUUCUGACUACUUCAGCCCCUACUCUAACAACCACCUCUGUUAACCUGCUUAACAAUCACUACAGAACUAGUACCUUUAAACCACCUUUCCUAGAAAAUUCUGGAAACAAGAAACCGUCGAAAACUUAUCUACCAAGUAAGAAUAAAGAUUUCUUGUACACUCCACAAGAUAUAGAAAAUUUGCGCCUGCAAACAAUGCGGGAAUUUAGUAGAGAAAUUGAAACAAUUCGACAAACAUUAAGGUUGUAUAAAAACUCUGUUCCUCUGAUAAGUAAUUAUCGAACACCCAAAAGAAGACCGAUACACAUCGAAUUUGACCGACAGCCCUUGGUACCGAGAGUUCCCACUUACACGACCACCGUUGCGGCACAUGUCCCACCACACGUUCCUUACAAUGCGCCCCAGAUUCUACCAGAAGUAGCCAUGAGAACAACCACGGCAAGCAUAAGCGAUUUUCAACGAGGAGUCAACUCAUAUGCUGUCUCUAAUAGUCAAUUUUCGAAUAGCAAUCCUCAGAUAUACGAUAAGCACGCCGCAUACAGUGUAAAUAAUUAUAGAGAUGAUACUGUAAACGUAGGAAUUACUAGCUUGAAACCUCAAUUAGACUAUCCAUCUUUUACAACCGUUAGACCAAUUUACUAUAAUCAUCCGUCUUCUUGGUAUGCCAUCGAGAACUUUGGUGCACAUCAAAUACCGAAACCGCUUAUCUACAACAACGGCGCGAGUGGAUACAAUCAGAGAGUUUACUUACCAGACAAGUUAAACUACCAACCAAAUGUACCAGCAAACUCCAUGAAGACAAAACAACAAACAAGUCAACAGUAUGAAAUGAAAAAUCAAAUGCAGCAUCCAAACGGAGCGAAGCAGCAACUGCAACAAAAUGUUAACGAACCUUAUCUGGAGAAAGAUAUUUUAAUUAACUAUAAGAAUCCGUUACCUGUUAUUGACCCAGAUAGCGAAUAUUUGCCAUACAAUGGGAAAAAAUCACAUCAAGUUAUUCAAUACCAAUUGCCCAGGAACAAAGCUCGGGUUUAUUUCAUAGCCCCGCAAAAUACGAAAGGUAUUUGAAAAAAAAACAUAUAGGAAACUGACGAAUUAGGUCUCAUCAGAAGAUUUUUAUCGAAUGCAAUAUUUUUUUAAAUGAAAUUAUAAUAUCUUUUGACAGUUUAUUUUUUCCAAAA